AGGAUAUGUCGAGGACCGUAAUAAGCAAAUGGUAGAGCAAAGGCAGAGAGAAAUCAGAACACAGAGUCACAAAAAUAGUAUUCAGUCUAUGAGGGUUGGUGGUUGCCAUAUCGAAUUUGAAACUGACACUUCUCGAAAAGCCAUAAUUGGGCAAGCCAAGCAGGCUGUGAGCUCCGUCCUGAACUUCAGUAACCAGGAACUGUUUCAUAGGCAGCGCCGUUUAAGUCAACUUUUAUCCAAAGAAGAGAAAUCACUUCUUGAAGAGCACCACAAUUAUUUAAAACAGAGACGCGAUUUGGAGCUGGAAGUUUUGAGGCAAAAAGCCGCUUCAAUCAACAGUGAGCAGGAGCAACAGAGAAAGGAAUUGGUCCAUAGGAAGAAAAUUCAGCAAUACAAAGAGGGAAAUGAAGAAAUUCGGAAUCUUGAAGUGGAGCAGAAUAAACUUCGAGUAAAGAAAGAGCAGGAGGCGCAGCGAGAAAUGAAACGGGAGGCUGCAGAAAAACGAGAAAAGGAAGCAGACGAAUUUGCAAUUAAUUUUAGAAAGCAGAUUCAAGAGGAACUGAAACAACAAGCAGAGCAAAACGUUAAGAGCCGAUGUGAAAUGUUUCAACUUACAAGAUCAGUUCUUAAUGAGCAACUGGAUAAAAAGAGAAAAGCGGCGCUCAUGGAAUCAGAGAUAAGAAAAACCGAAGAGCUCAAGUUGGCGGAAAAACUAGCAGAGGAGCUUCGAUUGGAGAAACAAAAAGGUCACGACGAUAAAUUGAGGAAAAAAAUGCAGGUGGCGGAAAAUUUAAAAGAACAAAUAUGCGAGAAAUCUGAGCUCACAAAGAGAAUGAAGGAACUAGAUCUUGAACUUGCAGCAAAAGAAAAAUCAAUGAUUGAUCAAUUUGCUGAUAGGCAGCAGCAAGAGAUGAAACUCAACAUGAUGGCCAUCAAGCAAGCAAAGGAUGAAUCGAGAAGUAGAUUUGAGGACACGCAAAGGCUUAUUCUAAACGAGAGCACGGAACUGGACCAAGUGAAAAAAGCUGAGCUCGAAUUGUUAAUGGCCAAAGAAGAUGAGGAAAUGCAAAAGAAAGAGAGGGCUAGAAAAGAGCUCAAACAUCAAGUGAUGCUGCAACGGCUCGAACAGAAAAAGGAGAGAGAAAAGCAAAUACAGGCAGAAAAGGCGGCGCGCGAAGAAGAAGCUCAAAAGACGGCAGAGAUGAUCGCUAAAUUUAAAAAGGAGGAGGAAGACGAGCGCAGAAAAAUUAUGCUCACUAAACUCUCCUAUAGAGAGGAAUUGAAAAAGCAGAUGGAAUACUCCAAGCAGUUAAAAAACAAGGUGCUACUGGAGGAAAGCGAAAAGGCCAAAAAGAAUAUUGCAUUAGAGGAGGAGUUUCUGCGAAAAGCUAGACAAGAAAUUCUAGAAAGGCAAAAUAUUGCCGUUCUUCAAGGAUAAUACCCAGUCACUGUCCAUGUGAAAGGUUCCACAGAUUUCUUGUUUGGUGCAGCUUUUUUGCCGUCAACGUCUUUCUUCUUCAAAACCAAAGCCACAAUUCGAAUGAUGAAUCUAACGGUGUAAUAGAGCAUUUCCACGGCGCUAAUUAAACUGAAGCCAAGGAAAAGGCCGGCAAGUCCUCCAAAAGAAACUGCCAAGUAGAAAAUAUUAGCAAAUUUUGUAGGCAAUAAAAAAAAAAUCAAGGGAAAUCAAUCAGGGAAAAAAAUCAAAACCUAAGAGAUCCAUUAUUCCAAACUUGACAUCUCUAACGUAACUGACAAUUUCAAGAUCCUUGAAAAAGAAAUCCAAGUAUGCAUAAUCAUCAUAUACAAAAGGAUCCAUCCUGGAAAACAUUUUAUUCAUAGCAACACUAUAUAAAUUUAAAAAAUUUUAAACCUGUGAGUAACUAAAAAGUCUGUUUUAUAAUCAGUUGAGGAGCAAGA